AUGGCAAGAAUACCAUCAUACGAUGGAUACUAUGGUACAUAUGAAGAUGAUCUCAACAAUACCCCCUUAAGUGAGCGUUAUUAUGAACAAUUUUCUAAGGUACGCAAGAUUGUGGCCAAACUACGGACGUUUAGUGAGGAAAAGAUUGAUCAAAUCAUGCACCAGUACUAUAAUACACUUGGAUUAAAUGAGUACUAUUUCCAGACAACAUCUGCAGCAGUUAUAGCCCACAACAUGAUCUCUGUUAUGACGGCAAAGAUUUUACAUGAAAAUAGCGGCAGCGAUUACUUCCCAGUGAUAGAACAGGUGUCAGAUGACUUCACAUUUAUAAUAGCAAGGACUUCAUUGCUAAAUAGGAAAUCUUCACAAAAUUACAUGGUCGAACGGUCAAUUGAGACCAAACACUUCAGGCUCAACAACACCAGCAAGCCUUUGUGGCGUAUGCAGUGUUUUAGGAGUGUGAAUUCGAUAUUUGACGAACCUCAUAACGUAUUUGAAAGACUUAAAACAUACUUUCUGCAAAAACCCGUAUACGCCUGCACUGACCCGGACCCCAGGGAAACAGAUUUAAGUAAACUAUUGGAUGUUGGAUUCUAUGAGAACAAGAAAAACAGUAUCACUGAAUCAAUAUUUUACAAGUUAAACAAGCAGUUAGUCGAAUCUAGCACGGGCCUAGGUUUGGUAAUAUCAACGGAGCCCAGACAAUAUAACGUAUAUAGAAUUGAUGUGGCUUUUAGGCGCGAAUAUAUGCAUGACGACUUUUACUCUCGCAUUGGCGACUGCAUAACACUACAUGGAUGUUAUUCUAAGAGUAAAUAUUUUGACCCGCUCAGUAAUAAUGUGUGUAUUCUCACUGCAUUUAUCUCAAGUCUCCCACCAACACAGCUUACCGCCCCGGAAACUCCACUGUCAGUACGCACUGAACAGCUAGUAGAAUCAUUAAAAUUGAGCUGUAUCAUACCCCAAUCGAAUUUCACAAAUUUAAUACUAGACAGGUGUUUAACAAUGCAACAGGUGGUAUAUACAUACUGUGUUUCAAAGUUUAUCGAACAUUUCAGUGGCAGUGCUGGCCCGUACGUUGCUACAAUUGAAAAUUUUGCCAAGACACAACAGAUUUCCCCAUCUGAACUCUACGAAAUCAGAUCAAAACUCAAAGUACAACCAUACACAGCACAUCAAAUAUAUUCUGCGGUGUCAAAAAAUCUCGAACUUGUACGCAAAUUAUUUUCAGAAUUCAAAUCAUUGCAUUGCAAGGUGACUAAGCCUUUCAAAACACCAGAGCAAGAAUUGGAUAUAAGUACUAGUAACUACCCCAACAAUGCUACGGGAAAUACUACGCUUGAUGAAAUGUUUUUGGAUCAAAUUAACAAGGGUGCCAUUGGUACUCUAAAUGAGGAGGCUGAUGAGCCUGGAUUGCAUUCAAGUAACAUUGAUUACACGGCAAAUGAUUUGUCUGAGAGUCAAUUGUUUCACCAGAUUAAGCAGAUUGAUGAUCAGGAACACUGUAACAUUUUCAUGUUUUUCCUCCGUUUCAACUGGUUAACACUCAGGACAAAUUUCUUUUUACCAGAUAAAUUGAGCCUAUGUUUUCGAUUUGACCCUUCUAUUUUGUCUAAAAAUGAUUAUCCUCAGCGACCUUAUUCAAUAUUGUUGGUUGUGGGUCCUCAUUUUGUGGGCUUUCACAUCAAAUUCUCGGAAAUUGCUCGUGGUGGCGUUCGUAUUGUGCAAUCAUUUUCACAGGAAGCAUAUUCCAGGAACAAAUUCCAGGUAUUUGACGAGGCCUAUAACCUAUCUUAUACUCAAAGUUUGAAAAAUAAGGAUAUACCUGAGGGUGGUAGCAAAGGUGUUAUACUACUAAACAAACUAUCAACUAAGGCAGAAGCUGAGAUGUAUACCAGGGCCUCAUUCAUGUGCUACGUCGAUGGAAUGCUUGACAUUAUGUUACCUGACCCAGAUCACAUGGUAGACAGAUUAAAUAAGGAGGAGAUUUAUUUUUUGGGUCCAGAUGAGCAUACGGGUACGGGAAGAUUGAUGGAUUGGGCGGCAAACCAUGCCAAGCAUAGAGGUUGCAGGUACUGGAGGGGAUUUACUACUGGUAAAUCGCCCGAGAUGGGCGGUAUUCCUCACGACAUUUACGGGAUGACUACUGCAUCAAUUGAGGCAUUUGUGGAUGAAUUGUUUCUUAAAUGCAACCUAGAAGCUAAUCAGGUUACCAGAUUUCUUACAGGCGGUCCUGAUGGCGAUUUGGGUAGUAAUGCAGUGCUAGCCUCAAAAACAAAAACACUUACAAUAGUCGACAAAUCAGGCGUUCUUCACGAUCCUAAUGGCUUGAAUAUUGAAGAGCUAAGACGACUAGUGCAACUCAGAAUUGAGGGCAAACCCACUUGUGCUAUUAUGUAUAACGAGAAUUUGUUAUCAAAAGAUGGUUUCAUGGUACCUGAAGACGCAAUUGAUCUAAAACUCCCUGAUGGUACUGUUGUAAAGCGGGGUAGUCAGUUUAGGGAUGAAUUCCAUUUGGGAGGGGGUGGCGGUGCAGCUUUGUUCAACCCCUGUGGUGGUAGGCCAAGUUCAAUAACACCAUUCAAUGUCCACCGCCUGUUUAACUCUUCUACUGGCAAAUCUGUCUACAAGUAUAUAGUGGAAGGGGCAAAUGUGUUUAUCACCCAGGAUGCCCGAAGGAUACUUGAAAGGAAGGGAAUAAUACUGUUUAAAGAUGCAUCUACAAACAAAGGGGGUGUAACUAGUUCUUCAUAUGAAGUAUUGGCAGCUAUGGUGUUAGACGAUGAACUUUAUGCCAAACACCUAUGUGACACACUGGAAAAUUGUCACAGCCAUGCUAAGGGUAAAUCGGAUGAGGCAAAUCCAUUUAGGGUCAAGUACAUAAACGAAAUUUUAAAUAUUAUACGUGAAAACGCCCGUAAGGAAUUUAACGUCUUGUGGAGUGAGGGACUGAGGACAGGUAGACCUCGGUGCGAUCUAACAGAUAUUUUAUCUAGCAAGAUAAUUAACCUCAAAAAGUCCAUAGUAGAAUCGGACACGCUGUUUAGCAAUAGCAAAUUGGUUGAUAUAGUACUGAAUAAGGCAAUACCAAAAAGUAUCUUCACAUUGGUGGAUCUGGAAACUAUAAAAGAGAGAGUUCCUGAUAGAUAUUUGAGGGCGAUUUUUGCAUCGUAUAUUGCUUCUAACUUUUAUUAUUCGCAAAAAUUCGCUGAAGAUACUUCAGUUUUCGCCUUCCAUGAGUACAUUGCAGUGUUGAAGGACGAACAUACCGUAGUGAAUAAAAAGGUCAAUUCCAAUCAACCAUUUUGA